AUGAACCUGAACAAAAUCGAACUUAGAUUUGAUACUGAACAUUUAACAGGUGUUCAAUUCAGGUUCAAGUUCAGUUCGAAAGUUAAUGAACUUCUUCUAGAAAAAUGGCAAGGAGGAGGAGAUGUUAGGGGAGAGAAAUGUUGGAGAGAAAAUAUUGGGAAAGAAGCAGCAGAAAAAGAAAGGGCAUGGUACAGAAAAUGUCAAAGAGUAAAUGAUAGGGAGGGUAUAUAUCGGGGAAAAGUAAUGUUUGGAAAAAGCAAGGAAGUAUCGGGGGAGGAAGUAUUAUAUAGGCCUGAACCUGAACUUGUUCAUGAAUAUUGA